AUCGUUAUUCCGCUUACAUUAUAGAAUUGCUCAGAAAGACCUAAUAUUAAAUAAUGUUUUAACAGGCGUUCAAAAAAGAUAACUAUUAUAUCUGAUUCGGACGAAAAAGACGAAGAAUAUCAAGCAAGCGGCAGCAGUAGCAGUAGUAGUAGCAGCGAGUCAGAAAAAGAAGAAGAGAAAGUCAAGGAGACUAAAAAACGUCGUAGAAUUAAAAGAGUUAAUGACAGUAGUGACGAUGAGGAUAAAUCCACCAGAAAGACCAUUAGGAAAGUGAUCGGCCACGAGUCUCUUGCUGAAUCAACGAAGAAAGCCGAAAAGGAAGAAAAAGAAAGGAAGGCUCGCAUACUGGAGCGCCAAAAGAAGUAUAACCAAAUUUUCGACGAACCUAAAGAUGCGACUUUAGAGAAGCUAGUGUUGGAUUUUGACGUGGAAAGUAAAAAAGAACUGUUGUCUGUGAACCCAACUAUUGUCAAAAAGCUAAAGCCCCAUCAAGGAAAGGGUGUUCAAUUCAUGUGGGACACAUGUUAUGAGUCAGUGGAGAGGGCCAAAUCUACUGCAGGUUCCGGUUGUAUUUUGGCUCAUUGUAUGGGUCUUGGAAAAACUUUACAGGUUAUUGCAUUGACACACACUCUUUUAACAAAUGAUGAAAUUACUAACGUUAAGAAUGUGUUGGUUGUGUGCCCUUUAAACACAGUUUUGAAUUGGGACUCUGAAUACAAGAGAUGGUUGCGUGAUGUGGAGGGACCUGAAAUAAACGUAUUUGAAAUGGUGUCCAGUAAAAACAACGCGCGAGAAUUUGUAGUCGAAGAUUGGUAUAAAGAGGGAGGCGUUUUAAUUAUUGGUUACGAUAUGUUUAGAAAUUUAACGAAUCCAACAAACAAACGCUUGAAAAAGAAAGCCAGAGAAAUUUUUCAAAGAGGCCUUGUCAAUCCGGGACCUGAUUUAGUUGUGUGUGAUGAGGGUCAUCUUCUAAAAAAUGAAAAAACAAAUUUAAGUAUCGCAAUGAAUAGAAUUCGUAGUGUAAGAAGAAUAGUACUUACUGGAACCCCUAUGCAAAAUAAUUUGAAGGAAUAUUAUUGCAUGGUUCAAUUCGUAAAACCAAAUUUAUUAGGAACUUAUAAAGAGUAUAUAAACAGAUUUGUCAACCCUAUCACUAAUGGACAGUACACAGAUUCAACGCCUCACGAUAUAAACAUUAUGCGAAAACGAUCUCACGUGCUGCAUACAAUGCUGGACGGCAUAGUACAGAGAAAAGACUAUUGCGUGUUGACGCCAUAUCUACCUCCGAAGCAUGAAUAUGUGUUAUUUUUAAAGCUUACUCCUGUACAAAUUAAAUUAUACCAACAUUAUAAGAGUAACUUUUCACAAAAGCCAUCGGAGGGAAAAAUAAAAUCUUCAUUUCUAUUCAAAGAUUUUCAACAAUUCCAAAGAAUUUGUACUCAUCCGCGAGUACUUUUAAUGAAAAGUAGGGAGGUGCAGGCAAAGGAUUUGCUAACUACAGACGAAGAUUCUGAAGGUUCUCUAAAAGAUUUCAUAGAUGACGGAUCUGAAAAGUCCAGUAGCAGUAGCUCUAGCGAAUCAGAUGGCGAAGUUUCUGACAAAUCGACGGAUUCUAAAAAAAAAAACACCAAAAAACCUCAGAAACGCAUGACUAGAACUUCAGCGGCUGCACAAACAAUUGAUGUGGAAAAAAGAAGUACAGCCCCUCAAGGAUGGUGGAGUCAGUAUUGCAGUGAUGAGGACUAUGAAAACAUUGGGCUAAGCACUAAACUUUACCUACUAUUUAAAAUUAUAGAGGAAUGCGAACUGAUAGGAGAUAAAUUAUUAGUAUUUUCACAGUCUUUAUUAUCGUUAAAUAUAAUCGAAUAUUUUUUGGCCAAAAUUGAUGAUGCUACGCAGCAAGAUAAGCAUGACACUGUGUGUGGUUUUUCUGGUUCGUGGAGCUUGGGUCAAGAUUACUUUAGGUUAGAUGGUUCAACGUCUUGUGAUAAUCGACAACAUUGUUGUAAACGAUUUAAUGAUAAGGACAAUUUGCGUGCUAGAUUAUUUUUAAUAUCAACUAAAGCCGGUGGUCUUGGCAUAAACUUAGUGGGGGCCAACAGGGUAGUUAUAUUCGACGUGUCUUGGAAUCCAUCACAUGAUACGCAAAGCAUCUAUCGGGUUUAUAGAUUCGGUCAAACAAAACCGUGCUACAUCUACAGAUUUGUCAUGUGGGGAACAAUGGAAACAAAGAUAUAUGAAAGACAGGUGACAAAGCAGGCAAUUUCGAAGAGAGUCAUUGAUGAGCAACAGAUUGAUAGGCACUAUAAUCAAACUGAUCUAGCCGAAUUAUAUACGUUUGAUCCCGAACCAAAUGAGGAUAUAAUACCUCUCGUUCCAAAGGAUGUCCUUUUGGGUGAGCUGUUACAAAAGGAGAGGGAUCGUAUUUUUAAAUAUCAUGAACAUCAAUCAUUACUUGAAAAUAAAGAGGACGAAGAAUUAAAUGAAGCCGAACGCAAAGCAGCUUGGGAAGAAUUUGAACAUGAAAAAACAACUCGAGUUACAGUCAAUGCAUCAACCUUAGGUUGGAUAAGGAAUCUUCCAAUAUCGAGUAUUCACGUAGCAUUAAGAAGUAUUGUCCAAAGAGAUAAUCCCAAUUGGAGUAGCGAUCAAAUUAUGUGUGUUGUGCCAUCGAUAGUACAGCAGCUAAGAACCCAAGUGGACGAAGGAAAGCUUUUGCUAUUUGAACGAGUUGUUGAAGAGAUAAGAACUAUGCAAGUAAAGCAACAAAAGAAUUUCCAAGAGUAUUUGAAGAGACAGCAACAGUUCCAGCAGCAACAGCAGCAGCAGCAAAUGCAUGUGUACCAACAACAUCUCCGUCAGCAAAUGUUCCCUCAAGUAAACACAUCAGAUGUUGUUGAACUGAUUGAUUAAUUUAUUGAUAGGAUAGUGUCUAAUUUUAAAAUAAAUUUUUUUACUGUAAAUAGUAUGUAGCCACAGUUAGCAGAUUUUAAUGUUAUAUUUUGUUACUGUUUCUUUUUAUAAAACUUUCCAGAGUUUUCUGAGUUUUUCGUACAUAAAUUUCAU